UGACUAUCGCGCCGGAAGAGAAGAAGGUCCUUUUCCCAGCCAUCUUGUGGCUUCACCUAGCGAAGUGUUCGCACCAAGCCUCGUAGAAUCGGAGGAGAAUCCUGCUGAAGGGGCGCCAUCAUGCCCGGACAAAUGCAAGAAGGUUUUGGCUGUGCCAUAACCAAUCGGUUCGACCAUUUAUUAGACGAUGAGUCGGAUCCGUUCGAACUGAUGAAGCUUGCUGAAGUGAAGAAGAAGAAGGAGGCUGCUGCUCCUGGUGCCGCCAAGACCGCAGCACAGGCUGCCAAACACCCGAAGAAAGAGUCCCAGAAAGACCGAAAGGUCCCACUAACCGACAAGAAGGAAGAGACACAAGCGCCAGUGCCACUCAAGAAAGAGGGUGCCGGUAUGAGGAGAAUGGGUCGCAAGCCAGAAGGUGAAGGGCCCAGACCCCAGGGCGGCCAGGGAGAAGGGCGCCCCCCCACAGACAGACGGCCAGUGGACAGGCGGCCCCCUCGUCGCUUUGAGAGGCCUGCUGGUGAUGCUGCAGAGAAACCUGAGGGUGGUGAAUUCUCAGUGGAAAAGCCCACUGGUGACAGGCCGAUGAGAGGACGUGGCGGCAGCAGCAGCAGCGGCGGCAGAGGAGGCCGUGGAGGCAGAGGACGUGGUAUGGGUCGCGGUGACGGCUUCGAUUCCCGAGGAAAGCGUGAAUUUGACAGACACAGUGGCAGUGACCGAUCUAGUCUGAAGGGUGAGGAGAAACGUGGUGGAAGUGGAUCUCACAACUGGGGAACCGUCAAGGAUGAGCUUAAUGAGCUUGACCAAUCAAACGUCACUGAAGAAACCCCUGAAGGAGAGGAGCAUCCACCUGCUGACUCUGAGAACAAAAGGGAGAAUGAGGCCGAGGAGGUAAAGGAAGAAGGCCCCAAGGAGAUGACGCUGGAUGAGUGGAAGGCCGUGCAGGACAAGGAGAGAGCUAAGGUUGAAUUCAACAUCCGUAAAGCAAAUGAGGGAGCUGAUUGGAACAAAGGAUUUGUGCUGCACAAGUCCAAAGUAGAGGCCAAGAAAGGAGUUCUGAUUGACCCUGAGGUUGAGGAGCCAAAGCCGGUAGAGGGUGAUGAGCACCACUUCCGUAAACCAGCCAAUGACAUUACGACCCAGCUGGAGAUCAACUUUGGAGAUCUGGGCCGCCCAGGCCGCGGACGUGGAGGACCACGUGGUGGCCGGGGAGGUCGUGGACGUGGUGAGGUCAUCAGGCCGGUCCGCGCACCAAGGACUGACAAGUCAUCUGUGUCUGUGCCCAAUGUGGACGACCCAGAGGCCUUCCCAGCCCUGGCCUAAGCCCCAGCUGCUGUUCCUCAGGCCUACAGGAGCCUCCUGAGCACCUCCACUACGAGGCUUGCAUGUUCCUGGAUCCUUCAGCAAAGUCAAAUGAUGGAGAAGACUGUCAUUAACUAUGACACUCAAUGUGAGGACUGAGUUUUACCCAAUAAAAACAAAACAAAGAUGGAAAAAAAAAAACAAAUUAAGAAAAAAAAAGAAAAGGACUUCUUGCUACCCUGGAGCAACUUAUUGGUAGAGGUUUUGUACUUGGAAACAAAGUAGCAGGGGUGUUUUCAUACAGUAUUUUUUUCAGAGGUUAUGCAUUGUCCAUUGAUAAAUUUUUGUAAUUGCUGCUGAAAAUAUGCAUUUUGAAAUGUAAGCAUAAGAUUAUCUUUUAGCUUGGUGUGUGCCAUUGCUUGCUUGCUUUUAAAAUAAGCACUGCAGAGCCACAGCUCGAGCUCCUGAGCUCUGCCACACCAGCUGUUUCUGAAGUUACAGCUUCAGUCAUUGAGAUUUAAGGAUUUUUUUUCUUUAGCACUGGGGUAUUGUUUUAUAUUUUAUACAGGAGGUCUAUUCUUGUAUGAUCUUCGGCCUGUAAAUCUUGACUAUUUUCAUAAAUUCUUUCAGUGACUGUAUUUCACAUGGUGCAAAUACGACACGCCCCUUGAUGUUUGAUCAAGUGAUUACUGUCAACAUUUGAAUUCAUUGAUGAAAUGGUGCCUCGGUCUGUAUUAAGGUAAUAUUUUUACUUGAAUAUUUGUGAGGAGGAACUUAAGGUCAUUUAGGAGAAACACACCGGUGAUUACGCCACGACAUCUAUAUUGAUCAUGAGUCAGCUAGAUUUCUUUGAAGUGGAGUUAUUCCACGGGUUGUGUUUUACCUGUAUUUUAGGGUGCUGUUAAAAAUCUGAUCCUCCUCGCCCAUUUCACCUCUGAUAGUCACCAUGUGAAAGUCAAAGUCUGUUUUUACUUCAGAGUGAUACAGAGGGGAAGUGUCUUUACACAGUCGAGAUGUCCUCCCUCAGACCUUCUCCGACUGUUUACACACUCCACUCGAGCGUCCUUCCACAGAUGUAAACUCGGCUCAGCGUCAGUUUUUUUCUGCUGUGUUCUGUGCUGAUCUUUUCCUCCACUGUUGACUCGCCCUGUAGCUUUCACAGUGGCACCACUGCAUAAUUGCUCUGAAAGAAAUACAGUCGUUCAUUGUGUCGAACAACUGAAGUGCUCUACAGAUGUGUGAAUUCUAGCCCUGCUAUUAGAGACCUCUGUCAGUAAAUAAAGAUGGUCGAUAAA